GACGUCGAUAUUGAUCAAGACAUGUUUCUCGUUACCAACAUGGUGCUUUUUCUUAUGACGCGACGAUGUGUUUCCCAGGACUUCUAGUGCAAUCAUGUCAUUGUCAUGAUUAUCUAAUCGAUGACAUGUUGAACGUCUCCCAAAAUAAACAUAAGAACGGUCAAUGUCCACAGGUAGGUCAAUCACAGCAUCGACUUACUGAAUCCUCAGCUGCUCACAAGCAAUAAUCAUAAACUCUGCUUUGCUGUACUCCCAUCCAAAAAGCUAUCCACCAUGCCGAAGAACGAAGCCGGAAACAGGACUGGAGAUGUCUCCGCAGAAGCUCCCGAGGGACGAGUUUACGAUGAAUCUUACGCUACGAAAGGCCGAGAUAGUGAAACUAUCCCGGUGGUAAAGGAUACUGAGCGCGUUGAGGAUCCUAUUGAUUCUACAACUGCCGAUUCCGACAAACAACUAGAGCGUGAUGAUGCCGAGGCUAUUGACCAGAAGAACGCGUUGAAGGAGAGAACUCGUGGCAAGAAGCCUGGGGGUUCUUAUGAGGAGCCGAGUGACGAACAAAUGGGUUUGGUGGAAUGAUUUUGAUAGCACUUGAUGAGAACAUGGUAGAUGUUAUUUGAAAUAUUUUAUUUAAUCCCCC